GAACAACAGGCUCAACACACACAUGCACGCGCACGCAUAAGCACAUACACACCAUCUCUCCAGCGUGUUGAUUUAUGGAAACAAUUAUAAUUCUGGUGGAGUCUUUCUGAGCUGAGAAAGUUUGUAGCUACACUAGAGUGUCUCAUGUUGCAAAAAGGAGACAACAGAAAUGGAGUACUUGGGUAUCCAGCUCUUAUCAACAGGAACAAUGCAAGCAGCAAAUUCAAGUAGUAAAGAAGGUCACAACAACAAAGGUUUCCAUAACUUGUGUCUUUAAAGGAUAUUCUGACUGAAGAGAUAUUUAAGAAGCUCUUCUAUUUCGCCAUUAACUAUUAAGGAAUAACAAUCAGAAUUCUAGAAGAGGGAGCAAUCUCAUUUAAAUGAAUCUGUAACUCGUAAAGACAGAAGGCAGGUCGGUGACCUAAGAGCGACAGUCUACUUGAGAUUUAAUUUUCAUUAUGUUGUUCAUGAACACCCAGAACACUGCACUAUAAUGCACAAAUGGAUACUGACAUGGAUCCUGCCAAUUUUGCUCUACAGAUCAUACUUUUACAUUAUCUUUCUAAUGGGCACUAUAUCUUUAGCUUGCAAUGACAUGACUCCAGAGCAAAUGGCUACAAAUGUGAACUGUUCCAGCCCUGAGCGACAUACCAGAAGCUAUGAUUAUAUGGAAGGGGGGGAUGUAAGAGUGAGAAGACUUUUCUGUCGAACUCAGUGGUAUAUGAGGAUUGAUAAGCGAGGCAAAGUGAAAGGGACAAGAGAAGCAAACAACAACUACAGUAUUCUAGAAAUCCGAACGGUGGCAGUUGGAAUAGUGGCAAUCAAAGGAGUGGAAAGUGAAUACUUUCUGGCAAUGAACAAGUCAGGACGACUCUAUGGAAAGAAGGUAUGCAACGAGGACUGCAACUUCAUCGAGCUGAUUGAAGAAAACCAUUACAAUACAUAUGCUUCUGCAAAAUGGACACACAAAGGAAAGGAGAUGUUUGUUACACUAAACCACAAAGGGGUUCCAAUGAAAGGUAAAAAAACAAAGAAAGAACACAGAGCAUCCCACUUUCUUCCUCUGGCAAUAUCCUAAUCACAAAUGAUCUAUAAAGAACUAGUUCCAGCAGGAAGAUUAAUUUUAAGAAGACUUUGACAAGAUACCAAGAGAGGCUGGAAUACUACUGAGAAACUGAACAAGCUGGACUUGCGCAUUUAUGUUUAUUUUUAAGAGACUACAUGAAAAAGAUUUGAAAAUAUACACAAAUCCAGAUUUACUAACUAAAAGUUGUAAAAAAUUCUAAAGAGUUGUACAAUCAUUAUCUUAGUCAUUGUAACUGGGUAGUUUCUUAAAUUAAUUUACCCUGAAGAAUAAGUCAUUACUUGAUUAUCUGAUAAUAUUUUAUUUAAAAAACUAUCUGCUUCUUAAAUAUGGCUGCUAUAAUAAUAAUAAGCAGAUGAUAAUGUUGUGUAAAAUAUGUCAGACUUUAAGGCUGCUGGAAUGAGUUGUCAGAUUAUCAAGUCAAUAGAAAAUGUGGAGGCUGAGCAGUAUUUUAAAUACUUCCCCCAAGAAACUGAUAUCCUAUACAUAAACUAUAUGAUCAAAAAAUAUAAUCUUGUAAAUGUUUAUUGUUGUAUUCAGAUAA